AUGGAUGUUCAAGAUAUGAAUGAACAUGCUGAAGAGAAGAAGAUGCUGCCACCACCAGCUGGAGUCUUUCAGACUCGUGAAGACCUUCUCAAACAUGUCCGUGACUUUGCCCUAGUUCAGGGAUAUAUGGUGUCCAUUAAAGAUUCUUCAAAGGAUAGGCCUGCUAAACAGAUGUUUGGAAUGUUGAAAAUUCCUAGUGUCAACCUCAUGUCCGCUUCAAGUCAGGUGGAAGGAGAAGUGAAUGUUAAGGAACUUCAGCCAAUAAGCCUUGUAGGUUGUGUUUAUGAACUUACAGUGAAGGUGCUAGCCAGGAAGAUGGGCAAGAAAACAGAGGCAUCUUCUUCAUCAUCGGCAGUGAUAAAUGAUGGGGGCAUGACGAUGUAUUCAGAGCCAAUUACGCAAAACAGUGUCCCUGAAACACCUACUACAGCACCAUAUGUGGAAAGCCAAGAAGUGAGUGACACCAAGGUCUUAAUGUCAGAGCUUUUCUAUCAUUUCUACAGCCUUGGGUGGUUAUCAGGUACUGGAGGCAGCAUCACAAUUGAAGUAAAUGAUCACUCCAUUCCUAGACCUCAUCAGCUCAUUGUCAUAGAUGUUUCAUUUCUCCAUAUAUUUUGGCACUUCUGGUUAAAUCCACUUAUUUUCCCUUCAAUUAGCUAUCUGAUAGCUGGUUUUCCAACAAUAACAUUUGCUUUAAAAUUUCAGAUUACUGAUAUGGAGAUGAUAAAAGGAAUUCCAGGACAUGGUUAUCAUGAUGAGCUUGUGGUGCGAAUAAUUGAGAAUGCUGCUCAUGAAAGCCAGCUCAGAGAGUCUCUUACUGAAGUGAUUAGAGCUUAUCCCAAAACAACAGCUGUACUUGUUCGGAAUCAUGGGGUUUAUAUAUGGGGAGACUCAUGGAUCACUGCCAAAACCCGGGCUGAAUGUUAUCAUUAUCUCUUCAAUGCUGCUAUUAAGCUUCAUCAAUUGGGUUUGGACUGGCCUACACCAAAUCAUGGUCCUGGUAGCAAUGUAGGUGGAGUUUGCGGAUAUUGUGGGAAUUUCAACAGGGGUCUUAAUACAGGCUUGAGUUUAGAUUACAUGGUUGAAACUUCUGAAUGUCGGAUACUACUGAACAUUGAAGGGACGACAACUCCUUUGUCAUUUAUCACCAAUAUUCUUUUUCCGUAUGUGCAUAAUAAUCUACGAAAACACUUAGCUGCUACAUAUGACAGUAAGGAAACUCAAGAUGAUAUUAAUCUUCUGCGUGCUCAAGUUCAAAAUGAUUUGGAGCAAGGUUUGGUUGGCACUAUACCUAUCCCUCCAGAUUAUCUUGGGAAAGAAGAGGUUAUUGCUUCUUUGGUUGCUGAUGUGGAAGCAAUGAUUAGAAGAGACGGGAAAGUCAUUGCCCUGAAUCAACUGCAAGGUCAUAUAUGGAGAUCUGGAUUUCAAAGAAACGAAUUGGUGGGUAUUGUGUUUGAUGAUGUCCCAGAAGCACUUGAGAAGUGGCAUGCUUCAGGCAUAAAGAUGUAUAUCUAUUCGAGUAGUAGCAGGGAGGCACAACAGCUUCUGUUUGCGAAUUCGAACUUUGGGAACUUGAGAAAAUAUUUCUGUGGGUUUUUUGAUACAACAGUUGGAAACAAAAAAGAUACAUUUAGUUACUCUGAGAUGUUGCGAACUGUGGGAGUUGACAAGCCAGCUGACAUGUUGUUUGUGACAGAUGCAUAUGAAGAAGCUGUAGCUGCUAGUUCUGCAGGUUUGGAAGUGGUAAUAUGCGUCCGUCCAGGAAAUGAACCUCUCCCAGAGAAUCAUGAAUUUAGAACUAUAAACUCCUUGUUGGUAAUAUAGUACAAACUAAAACCUCUGUAGUUUAAUGUUAUAGUUAAAAAUUGUGGUUCAUCUCUCGGAUAUGUCCAUUUAAUGAUUAACUUAUCAUUUCUUCGUA